UGUAAAUCUAAUUAUUAUAUAAACAGCCGCUAGGGUUUAUUCCAAACUCUAUUGCGGGUGCUGUGGCCGUCUUGCCGAAGCUCAGGUGAAGCAGGGAGAAAAUGUCUCACAGGAAGUUUGAGCAUCCCCGGCAUGGAUCCCUUGGAUUUCUUCCAAGGAAGCGAGCUGCCCGUCACAGGGGAAAGGUGAAGGCUUUUCCCAAGGAUGACCAAACCAAGCCUUGCAGGCUCACUGCCUUUUUGGGCUACAAGGCUGGUAUGACUCACAUCGUCAGGGAGGUUGAAAAGCCUGGAUCAAAACUUCACAAGAAGGAGACUUGUGAGGCUGUUACCGUUGUUGAGACUCCUCCAAUGGUUAUUGUUGGAGUUGUUGGCUAUGUGAAGACACCACGAGGCCUUCGCUCAUUGAACACUGUGUGGGCUCAGCAUCUGAGUGAGGAGGUGAAGCGGAGAUUCUACAAGAAUUGGUGCAAGUCCAAGAAGAAGGCUUUCACAAAAUACUCAAAGCAAUAUGAAUCUGAAGACGGAAAGAAGAAUAUCCAAGCACAGCUGGAGAAAAUGAAAAAAUACGCCACUGUUAUUCGGGUUUUGGCUCACACUCAGAUUAGGAAAAUGAAGGGAUUGAAGCAGAAGAAAGCACACCUGAUGGAGAUCCAGGUCAAUGGUGGAACUGUGGCUCAGAAGGUGGACUAUGCGUACGGCUUCUUUGAAAAGCAAGUCCCUGUGGAUGCUGUUUUCCAGAAGGAUGAGAUGAUUGACAUUAUUGGUGUGACAAAGGGUAAAGGUUAUGAAGGUGUUGUCACUCGUUGGGGUGUUACCCGCCUUCCCCGUAAGACUCACAGGGGUCUAAGGAAGGUGGCUUGUAUUGGUGCCUGGCAUCCUGCCAGAGUCUCGUUCACAGUUGCCAGGGCUGGUCAGAAUGGAUACCACCACCGAACAGAGAUGAAUAAGAAGAUCUACAAGCUUGGCAAGGGUGGGCAGGAGACACAUGCUGCUUGCACCGAGUUUGACAGGACUGAGAAGGAGAUUACUCCAAUGGGUGGCUUCCCUCACUAUGGUAUUGUCAAGGAUGAUUAUCUUAUGAUCAAGGGGUGCUGUGUUGGACCUAAGAAGAGGGUUGUUACGUUGCGCCAGUCUCUGCUCAAGCAGACAUCACGUGUUGCUCUUGAGGAGAUCAAACUCAAGUUCAUCGACACCUCCUCCAAGUUUGGGCAUGGUCGCUUCCAGACAACACAAGAGAAACAGAAGUUCUUUGGACGGGUCAAGGCAUAAUAAUAUCCCCUUGUCAGGUGUUUUGGUCAUCAGGUUAAUUUAGGCUAUGCCAUGCAAUUUUCUAUAUGGACAACUUUGAGUCUCGUAAUUUGUUUCUGUGGUUUGACAUGCUGAGGAUUUAUUUCUUUGGUUCGUCAUGUUGAGGUUUUGAACGGUAUUUUGGCUAAGUUUUGUAUUGGUAAGGAUAUUGAGAUUUCAAAUGAUUAUUACUGCUUUGAAAUUUUGGUUGUCGUUCUA